AAGACUUAACAGAAAAUAUCACUUAACAACUCGAAAUCUCUUGAAUGAAUCACAUAAAGUUGAUCAAAACCCUUUUCUUGUUCUUUAUCUUCUUCAACUUCUUGUUUUCCAAUGUUUUUGCCCAACAAAAUGUAACUGAAACUAGUCAUGAUGUCGUGCAUGCCGCGCAUCCUAGUAUUGUUAUCAUUAUUGGGGUACUAUGUACUAUGUUUUGUUUAUCGUUUUUGUUACUCGCUUGCAUGAAAUUUUGGAACUCAGAUUUCACUCUCCAAGUCCCUCAAGUGAUUCCUAGGGCAAGGUCAAGGAUCUCGGGGAUUGACAAGAAAGCAAUUGAAUCUUUGCCAUUUUUUAGAUUCUCCUCGCUUAAGGGAUUGAAAGAAGGGCUAGAAUGCGUGGUGUGCUUGUCGAAGUUUGAAGAUUCGGAGUUGUUAAGGAUGUUGCCUAAGUGUCGGCAUGCAUUUCAUAUGAAUUGCAUUGAUCAAUGGCUAGAAAGUCACUCUACUUGUCCUCUUUGUCGGUAUAAGUUUGAUUUGUCGGAUGUCACAAAUUUCGCUUUCACAAAUAGUUUAAGGUAUACAGAUGAGGGUUUUAAUAAUCUUGAAAUCUUUGUUAAGAGGGAACAUGAUGGUUCUUCUAGGUCAUCAAGGUUUAGUUUUGGGGGCAGUUUUAGGAAUAUUGGAAAAAGUCCUAAAGAAGAUGUCUUGAUUCAAUAUGGUGAUCAAGGGUUGUUGGAUAAGUUCAAACAUAGGAUCAUCGUAUCCGGCAUUGUUUGCAAGAGCCGAUGGAGCGAUGUGAAUUCCUCCGAUCUAAUGUUUUUGAACUCCAAGAUGCUUAAUGAGGCAUCCAACAACCGUUUUUCGCCUUCAAGUAGCGGGAGACAUGAAAUAGAUAUUGAACAAGUAAUGAAGUUUAAGGAGGAUAUGGAAAGAAGAAGAUUGCAAGAGUUAACGUCUGGUAAAACCACUGAUAGUGGCGAAACAUCUGUUUCGACCUCACACUUUCCACGGUUUGUGAAAAAUGAGGACUUCGAAGGUAUGGAGAAGAGAUCAAUGUCAGAGAUUACAAACGUGUCAAGAUUUAAGGAUACUAGAAGUUCGUAUUGGGCAAGUAGUGAGAAAGAUGACAGGUUACAAAGGGUUUGGUUGCCAAUGGCGAAAAGAACCAUUCAGUGGUUCACAAACCGCGAGAGAACUUCAUUUGUGUAGAGCACUUGAUCAUGUUUGUACCUUGUUAAGUUGGUGUCCUAGCUGGUUUUCAUUGCUCAGAAUUUUAGUUUAUAGGUUUAGUUCAUACAAUAUGAAAAUGAACUAAAACAAGGUAACUUGUAAAAAGAAAUAUAUGAAAGUGGACAUAUUGUAUUUGAAAAGAUAUAUUGUAUAAAACUUCAAAGUUAAUAUCACAUAGCAUGUGAAAAGAGUAAAUUACGUUUUUGGCC